AUGAAUUUGGGAUGGUGGAGAAUAAUGAAGUGGAUAAUGAUGCAGGCCAUCAGGAAACAAAGGGGUUCAAUCCCCUACCUAACCCUCUUCUCCAAUCCACGUGAGAACGCCUUAGCUGUGAUACUUCCAAGAUUGCAAGGAAAAUCGGCUCGACAAGCAUUCUGCGACAUUCAUAAAGAGGAUGAAAUCCUCAAGCAGCAGCCGAAACAACAUACGAAGUGUUCGAUCGUCGGUGAUGGAAGUGAAGAAACGAAUCGAAUGCAAGAAGUCCUGGACUCCACACUAUAG